ACGGCAGCUUUUAUAGCCUCUACUACAUUCAAUAGCGGUGUAGACCUCACAGGAAUGGACGGAGCUCUAGAUGGCAAUAUGAAAACCCCGUCAAAUCAGUCUCAUUUACUGGACUUGUGCCACAGUAGAGUAAAAAAAUAUGCGGAAAAAAGACACGUAAUUGCCCACGAAGUUCAAACAAAUCCGGAGUUCCUGACCGCAGGAGUUCUUGUUCCAAUUUUUAUCAGAGAGGGAUCUCUUUAUACCCUUCUCACAUUGAGAUCUGAGCAUUUACCCACUCAUAAAGGAGAAGUUGCAUUUCCUGGAGGAAAAAAAGAAGAUGACGAUGAAGACAUUGUAGCCACAGCUUUAAGAGAAGCUCACGAAGAAGUUGGUUUAUCUCCGGAGAUAGUACAAGUCGUUGCAGUAUUGAGUCCACUGACAUCGCGUGCGAGAGCAAGGCCGAUGUACGUGUAUCCGGUAAUUGGCCUCGUAAAGUCACAAUUUGACUUAGUAAUCAACAACUCCGAGGUUCAGACUACGUUUGAGGUCCCUCUGGAGUUUUUCCUUUCGAAAGAAACACAUAAACGUGAUAAAAUGAAUUUCAAAGGCAAGACAUUUGAAUUUCAUUUCUUCUUGUAUGACACAGGUGUAGGUGAAGGCGAGAGCCAAAAAGAAAAUUCGACCUUCCAUAUUUGGGGAUUAACUGCUUCAAUUUGCUUAAGGGUGGCUAUGGUAGCUUUGAGUAAACUACCCGAGUUUGACCUUGAAGAACACUACACAGAACUUAUGCAGUACAUAACAGAGAUAAAUGGAAAUGAUGAUGAUGAUGAAUUAAGACCCCUGAGUAGAAUGUGAGAAAAAUAAGGCCAUGCUGAAAUUUUGUGUUCAAUAAUUCUGCUAACCAUCCUGUAAUCCUUUUGGGGGAACGUCACAAGACAGUAAUAAUAACCUAUGCUUCCGACAUACCACAUUAUUUUUCUAAAUAUAUUUAAAAAGUGAGGUUGUAGAU